AUGGCCAACAUGCACGAGGACGAAAUGAAGCACUGCUACGAAAACCUGAUCGUCGUCGAUGUCGGUGCGAAUCUAACCAACAAGAAGUACAUCCGUGAUCUGGAUUCGGUGAUUCAGCGCGCAAAGGAUUCCGGCGUACAAAAGAUCAUGGUUCCUGGCACGUCAGUGAAAUCGAGCAAGGAAGCACUGCGACUAACCCGCAUCUAUCCCGGCAUCAUCUACUCGACCGCCGGUAUACACCCGCACGAUUCCAAAUCGAUCAUCGAAGAACCGAGCACCUGGCACGAUUUCCAGGUGAUGGCCAAUGCACCCGAGUGCGUCGCCAUCGGACCCUGCGGACUGGACUAUCAGCGCGACUUUUCCGAACCAUGCAUCCAGAAGGAGAUUUUCGAGCGUCAGCUAAAGCUGGCUUGCGAGCUGCAGAAGCCCAUACUCAUACACGAACGAUCGGCCCAGGAGGAUGUAUUGGAUAUACUUACGAAAUUCCAACCAGCGCAGCCGAUCAUCGUGCGCGGUUUCAUGGGCACAACGGACGAAGCGUUAAAAUAUCUGGAGCGUGAUUAUUACAUCUCGCUGACCGGAUAUUUGUGCAAGGACAAAUCCGACACCGGCGUACGGAAGCUACUCGAAGAUGGCCGGCUACCGAUGGAGCGCCUGCUCGUGGAGACGGACUCCCCGUUCAUGUAUCCGAAUACGCGGGCCUCCAAGCUACCGCAGCACGUAAAGGGUGGCCUGACGGAACGAUCUCUACUCUACCUGCAUCGUUACUGCACAUUUCAACGGAACGAACCCUGCAGUCUGCCGGCCAUAGUGGAAAUGAUAGCGGCAUUUAUGAACAAAAAGCCGGAAGAUGUUGCCCUGGCCACCGCAUUCAACGCACUGAAGCUGUUCGGCCUGUCGCAAUGA